AAAGCGCGUUGGCAGCCUUCAAGUUCGCGCGAGUUCUUCAUUUUGUUUUAACUCGACAAAAACAAGGCAAGUAAAAUGCCCAGUAGGCGGCGGAAAAACUCCAAAGUCUCAACCUCCAACGCGGUGGACAACCGGGAGUAUUUGGUGGAGAAGAUUGUUGGAAAGCGCUUCCGGGACGGUCGUCCGCAGUUUCUCGUCAAGUGGCAGGGCUUUCCAGAGGAAGUGAACAGUUGGGAGCCACUGGAAGGAGUGGGCCACCUCUACUACCUGCUGGCCGAUUUCGAGGCGGAGGAGUACAAGCGCAGCCAGGAGAAGAAGGCGGCGCUGGGAGCCAGCAGCCAGGAGGCGUAUGAAGCGCCCAGGAGCAGCAAACAGUCCAAGGGAUCCUCCUCUAAGACGCCAAAGCGCCGGAAUUCCCGAGCUGUUGACUCGGGAAAAGGCAAAAAAGUCGCAUCCAAUCCCAAUGUCUUGUCCUUGACCGCAAGCAAGGCCAAGAGCCCAACUCGUCGACGCCAAUCGCGCUAUGUGCCCAUGGACGAGUCCAGUGGCCAUGCAGCACCAUCAACUUCAUCGAACACAGAAGCAGUGGAUCAAGGAGUGGAUGAGGAGCAGCCAUCAGAGAACUCGGUGCUAGAUGAUCCAGUUGGCCAACCGCUGGAGCACGUCCCGAACUCUCCGCUGGAUGCAGAGCAGGAGCUGGAUUGGAGAUUGCCGCCGUACACGAAGCCGUUUGGUUUGGCGCGUGGCCUGGAGCUGGAGAAGGUGCAUCACUGCUUCUUUGUGGGCAAGCAGCUCUUUCUGUUCGUCAGCUGGAAGGGUUGCUCCGCGAUGGACGCAGUGCUCCUGCGAGACAUACAGCACGCCUUCCCAAUACCAAUCAUAAAAUACUUUGAGAGUAUUUCCGUCUUGAAUGACGACCAAGGGGAGCGGAGCAACCACAAAGCUGCAUGAGCUCACAGAGAGCUUAGAUUAAACUUAGAUUAAGUUACUUUUCCUAGCAGCCAAGUGUGGUCAAUAUUAGGGAACUCAACUUGAUUUCCUAGCUUUUAAUAUGUUUGUGCGCAGCUCUAGCACUUGAUGUCCAAAUAAGCUUUUCGCAACGUGACCAUAUUCCAUUCGCCUUCCAAGCUGAGCUUCUGAUAAUCUAAAGUUAGUUAGUUAUACUUUGGCGCCCUUCGCGCAGCCUCACUGCUGGUAAACAAGUAAUACGUUGUUAUGCGUAGAACACUAUAAACAAGAGGCAAACAUCGGAAAUCAUACGAGCUGCUAAAGUAAGCGAAUGCAAACAAUGCAUAUAAGCCAAGUUCAAUGAGCCAAAGUGAAUAUGGCAAGUGAAUAAAUGAAUUUAGCGAGAGAA